AUGAACAACUACCAGAUUUACGAUGAGGUGGGUAAAGGGCGGUUUAGUAUCGUCUACAAAGGGCGCCGAAAGAAGACGAUUGAGUACUAUGCAAUCUCUUCCAUCGACAAAUCCCGGAGACAACGCGUGCUUACAAACGUACGAUUUCUUCGCGCAGCCGAGCACCGAUGUAUCAUCAAGUUUCACAAUUGGUACGAAACCAACAAUCACUUGUGGGUCAUCACGGAGUUAUGCACUGGCGGGGACAUGCGGCAGGUGUUGAACCUUGACAGUCGAAUUUCUAGGCAGGCAGUGCAGAUGUUUGGCACAGACAUCGCGGAGGGCCUUAUGUACAUUCACUCACGCGGUGUCGUGUAUGGGGAUUUAAAACCGUCCAACAUUUUGAUGGACUCCACCAUGACAAUGCGGUUUUACGACUUUGGCUUGUCGUGCGACUUUAACACCAUACGUGGCGCUGGAACUGUGGGCACUCCGCUUUACAUGGCGCCGGAACUAUUUACAAAAGAUGGCAUGCCAUCCAUAGCCUCUGACCUUUGGUCUUUGGGUUGCCUCUUGUAUGAGUUUGGCACCGGUAAACCGCCGUUUAACGGCUCAGACCUUGCGUCACUUAUUAGAAACAUCAUGUCGGAGCCAUUUUGUCCUCAUGAGGCUCUGUCAGAUGAACUCAAUAGCUUGUUGGAGUCUCUUCUGGUAAAAGAUCCAAUACGACGUGCGACAUGGGGUGAUAUUGUGACACACGAUUUCUGGCAGGGAAGGUUACAACUUCCCACUGCUCCUUUUCCUCCCCAGCCUGCCUUUGAGAGGAGACAAAGGAUGGCUGUCGCGUGGGCCAGUGGUGACUGGCCCAUGUCUGGAGAGGAGCUGAGGAGACACGUGGAAUGGGCAGUAGAGAGUGCAAAGCGCAAUUACACGGUUUCCCAAUCCGCCAGCGAAGGAGGGCCUUCCAAAUGUCCCGCAGUAACGGAGGAAAUAGACUUACAGGAUCACAGUGCAGUCACUGACGCAACGACAGAGGGUGGUGUCGCUGCAUCUCGUGUGGAUGGCCAGAAAGACGGACGAAGACUGAGGGCGGGGCCAACAGGCGCUGCUUUAGAUGCCACAAACUCUCAGUUUCUACGCAAAAAAGAGUCUUUCCGCGGUGAAACGGCGAACGACAGCCACACGGCGGCCAACUGUGACCAAAACGCCACCAUCAACGCCGUCAGCAAUGCGGAGGUGUCGAUCGUGAUGAAUGGGUUGGAGAACUUACACUUGGAUGAGUUAAUGGCGCACACGUCAGACGCGCAUAUUCGUCCUCUUGUAAUGAAUAGUCGCAUCGAGCGGUUUGUUGAGCAAAAAUAUGAUUCAGAGAAGAUGGGAUUUGAACCUCCCGCAAAGGCUGAAAUAAAGACGUUUACAGAACAACAGCAGUCCGACUUUAUCAAAAUGAUUUACCGAACGCUUUCUUCCUCUUCGCUAAGUCAUGAGGAGAAAUUAAAUGUUCUCUGCUAUUUUGAGGAUGUCUGCACGGAUGCAGCGAUUGCGAAUUUCAUUGUGAAUAGUUCAAUCAUGAUGCUUUGUCUCAAGAUGGUUUCACAGCGGAAUGCGCCGUCGAACUAUCGGGCCACGGCUGCCUCUAUUAUGAGCAUCCUUGUGCGCCAUGCUACUUUUAUUCAUACCGAUCUUGCCAAGGCGAAUAUUUUCUCCUCCAUCAUUGAGGUGUACGGCGAGGAGGAUAGUCCACGGGUGAAGCGUAAGCUUACAGCAUGUCUGGGGGAGCUGCUCAUUUACAUUGCGGUCCAACGGGAACGUGACCGGAAUGUGUGGGGAAUAAAUGCUAACGCCACUCUUCAAUUAUAUCUUUCAGUGUUGAAAGAUGCGGAUGAUGUGUUGAGGCACUACGCUGUGAAGGCAAUUGAAAAUUUGGCGUCGGUGAGUGAUCAUGGCGUCGCCCUCGAUGUCUUUGCAAAAAAGGAGGUAGUGACUGCACUGCUGACUGUUUAUGCGCUUCCACCCGCAUCGAUCCGCAGCGAACACAUGCGAUCAAGUGCGGCGUGCGCGGCACUGAAGUUGGCUAUAAUUAAGGAGGAUCUUAUGCCGGUAGUUAUGGAGUCGCCACACCUCAAGGUGAAGUAUUAUGGUGAGGUAAUCGCAGAAGUAACGGCGCCAAAAACAGCACAGUCAUUACUGACAUUUUUGAACAUGGCACUUGUGAAGAGUCUAGUGGCAAUACGGAACCCCAUUAUGGAACGGUGGGGAAAGGACACGAUAAAUAUCUUUUCCAGCUCCAGUCUUGCGCAAGAAAAGGGGAAAAAAAUCAUAGAGAGCAUUAGUGGCGUUGCGGAGGCGGUUGUUAGUGGGCUUUGUGGGGUCUGCGAACGUGCAUCUGUCGCCAUUAAAGGUAAGAUGUUGUUGCUAAUUGUUCUACUGGGAUGCAUGGAUGGGAAAUUGCUGUUGCGACUGUCAUCGAAUAAACUCAUUGGUUGCAUUGAUGGUGUUCUGCGGGACAAAGACUCAUAUGUACAGCGAUGUGCAGCCUGUUUGGCGAGUUACUUGGGUGUAUUUUUAGAGGCACAGUUAGUGGCAGUCGCGAAGGGGGCACCAUCUGGUACUACCUCCACCAUUUUGGAUGCGGUAUGCAACGUCUUGAGUGCUCGGAAUCUUGGCAUGAUGGUGGAGCUAAGUGAUAGUGUCUUUGUUAGCCUGGGUACAUGUCUGGAGAAGGUGAUGUCUUCGCCAGUUUAUGUCACAUAUGAAGAGGAAUUUAACAGGGUGGUGGGACUUCUCACACAGAACAGUGAACGUGUUUUGAAACACCGCCGUGCUGUGGUGAACGAGCUGUUUCCGCUGUAUAUACACAUGCUUGGGGGGUCAAACAUUGAACGUCGCUUUUCGGCUCUGCGGACUCUAAGUGCAUUUGUUGCACCGCUUGUUGACGGGUCGGGUCUUGUGCGCGAGGAGAGGAUUGCGGAAGCGGAGAAGUUGGAUCAUUUGAUGCAGACUGUUGCCGCCUCUCUCCCCGAGUUACUGAAGGAAAGCGAACCCAUUCCCAUUCUCGCCCUACGUUUGCUUGCAACUUGCGGCGAGCGGAGGUCCAAGGCGUUUGCCAACAUUGCCACAGUGGAGUUGGUGGGUGAUUUGGUGCAAUACAUGCUGCGGUCGAAGCAAAGCGAUCUUUCCGUGCCGCUGCAGCUGCUGUUGCUACUUGCAUUGCAAACGGAGCGGGCGGCGGAGAUCAUGGAUUAUUUGGCAGCACAAGAGUUUUUCACGGCGGUUCUUUUAAAGACGUUGACGAUGGCCGUGGCGAAGGAGCUCGAUCACCUCUUGGAGCCAUGUUGUGAGCUCUCUGUCUUUUUCUUAAAGCACGCUGUGAACAACACGAGCUCUCGCAUGGCGCAGCAGUGCCUCCUUCUUCUUCCCCAGCACGGCAUGGAAACAUUGUGGUUGCCCCUCUGCGACUCACCGGUGCGUUCAGCUGCUGGAAAUGCCGCUGCAUGCGUUUAUCACUUUGUUCAACUGUCUCCAGCAGCGCAGCAAGAUCUCAUGACGACGGAGAGUUUAACCCUUGUGCGGGAAAUUAUCUCCAACACACGUGACAACCCCACCGCAGUGCUUUAUGUUCUUCGCGCUUUGCGUUACAUUUGGGAGCGCGUCCGUAAGCGGCACGUGCAGAAGCUUUCGGAGUGGCUCUUGGCUGCACUGAAGGCCAUAGUGCGCGAGGAGGACCCUGACAGGGAACUGUAUUCGGAGGCCGUAGCAUUCAUGGAGUUCAUUGGCGGCUAG